AAAACACGGCCAGAAACUGCUUAGGGUUCAGAGGGUUGUCAGGUUUGAAUUAAUUCAUUGCAGUGAGACACAGCACACAGUAUGUGACUUGACUUGAUUUGGUUUCCACCUUUGAACAACCAGUUAAAUUACACUGUGCUUUAGUGUUAACAAUCAUUAACCAGGAAGACAAGAAGCCUGUACACUGAACUGCAAAGUCCUGCCCACACAGCAACUCUUGCACGCUUUCACUUUCACACUCCAGCAGGACCGGGCAGGGCUGAACAGCGCACACACGUUUAGAAGAGCAGUCAGACUUGACCUGUUUCUCAGAAACUUCAAACUCUUUCAACAUUUUUAGAAACACAUGGCAUUUGACAGCGAGUGUGACAACAAAGCGCAUGGCGGCGCGGCUGGGGCAGAGGAAGAGAAUCCAGAGGAAAGUGAGUACGAAGAGCCCUUGAGGAUCAUGCUUCUUGGGAAGUGCGGAGCAGGCAAGAGCUCGAGCGGGAACACCAUCCUCGGGCGAUAUGUGUUCAAAUCAGACAUGAGGCUGGGGCCAGUCACUCCGUUCUGUGAAAAGGAGGUCGGGACAGUUAGGGAUGUGAGGAAGAAAUUGAAGGACGUGCCCGUCGCCGUGAUCGACACACCCGGCUUUUUUGAAAAAGACCGCAACAACAACUUCAAUGUGCAAGAGGUUCACAGAGGUACACCCCAGGAAGACGGACCUCACGCCUUUGUGCUCGUGGUUCCGAUAGCACGGAUGACUCAGGAAGAUCAAGAUACCAACGCACUGAUUGAAACGAUGUUUGGACCAAGAGUGUGGGACUACACCCUCGUGCUGUUCACCCACGGGGAUCUUCUGAAUGAAAAUACAAUCAAUGACGUCAUCACCGAGAGUGAUGACAACCUGCGCAACUUCAUACGCAAGUGUGGCGGCGGCUUCCACGUCUUCAACAACAAGAACUCGCAAGACCAGGACCAGGUGACCAGCUUCAUAGAAAAAAUCCAGACCAUGAUCGCCCUGAACGGAGGGAGAAGUUACGGCACAGAUCUGUAUCCCAAAGAGGAGCAGAAGAUUAGAAAGAGACAGAUCAGCAUCCUGGCAGAGAGAGCUGAUGAGCUCCGCCGCAAGGAGAAAGUGCUGGAGGAUCAUUACAAGGAAGAAGAGCUGGAGAAGAGGAAGAAAGCUCUGGUGAGAAAGGUAGAGACUGAAGCAAGACUGGCUGCAGUGAAGGAGACCAAGAGGAAAUCCAUGAUUUGGAAAUGUUUGGGAUUCAUCCUGCUGUUUGUGGGAAUAGGUCUGGCAGUAGUGCUUCAAAGUUGGUGGUCUACAGUGGUGAUCGUCUUUUCUUUGCUUUGGAUUUUCGUUGAGGAGUUAACACUUAUUUCAGAAAAAAUACACUCGAAAAAUAAGAAAAAUGAAUAGGUGUGUUUUGAGAUACUGAAGCAUCCUUAGUAAUUAGUCAUCUAUUACUCAAGUCUUCAUUGGAUGGUCAGUUAAUGAAAUGGGUUUAGAAAAGAUGUUUUUGAGAUGAAUCGAUCCAUAUUUGGGGAACGGUGCUUUCUCAGACUUAAUCCACUCUAAUGUAACUGUUAAACAUGCUUAAAAGGUAUACUGUGUUUUAAAUGGUAUUUAAUGAUGUUUAAUCAUAAAUAAAUCCAGAAAAUAAAAAAAAAAAUGAAUGGUUUACUUAAGCAAAUAUUCUGUAUAAUAAUGUAGACUUUACAGUCACUGUAAAUCAAAUGCAUGAAACAGAAUGAAAGACGGAAAGAAAGAAAGACAAUUCAUAGUUUUCCCGUGACAUCACGCUCACAGGGGAAAACCCCCCUGGAGGGCAACAGAUCGUUCCCUGCCACAUGUCAGCUUAGGAAACAAGUGAUGAAUCAGUAUCUAGUGUUACUCAAUCAGUACCUUCCUUUGCUUUUACCAUGAAGAACUUCUUGUUCUUCGCCUCCCAAACAGUGGCAUUAUUUACCAAUCUAGAUGACAAAAAACAUAUAACUCCUUACUAUUAAAAUCUUUCACUCUUGCAGCAGUAUAAGGUGAGGGAUUCUCCACAAGGUACAUGAAAUUGUCACUGAGGUUGAGCUCUGGCAGAGACCUGCCGCUUUUUAACGGCUGAAAUAUCACAGAGGGUGCUGUAUAUAGAUCGCGAGUGCCCAACACUUGCAGUUUAUGUUCAUAUUGUUCCUUUUCGACGGUUGACAGGUGAUUUAAAUAACUGCAAAGGGAAAUGUACCAGCUUUAUGGGAAGUCCGGUAUGAGCAGCUGUCUAAUUCUCCUGAGCUGUGCUCCUAAUUUCCACAAUUCUGUUCAAUGACAAUAAAGCCUGUCUAUUCUA